AUGAAGAGGCAGGCGGCAAGCGGAGCUGAGGGCGGGGACUACUUUCAACGUGUUGAUCAUCAAAAAGUCAGACACGCCGAAGCCCUUUUGACAGCCAGAGGUGACUCCGACUCCGUGAAUAUCCUUCGCAACAGGCUGCUGACCGUGUGGACGAUCCGCCGAAGUCCUCAGAGCUCAACCGUUUCUGACAUGCACUUUGAUAAAUGCAGUGUGUUGUACGACAAUAUGAAGGCACCAAAAGAGAAGCCGUUUUGCACCCUGCCCACAGUGAAAAAACUUUUGGAGCAGAAGAGAAGACGUGAGACGUCAGCUGUGCCGACCCCCUGCUCCACUGCCAGCACAAGUCCUGUCCCUCCGUUUGCUGUACCAGAGCAGUCGUCCUUAGAAUCCUUUACCUGUACAGCAAGCAGCUACUCAGACAUGGCAGUGAGCUAUGAGCCGUGGGCCCCAGCCCCUGAGUCAACCCUCAGUUACUACACCAGCCACCCAGGACCCAGCUAUGCACCCUACAACCUCCCUAUCACUCCUGACUACAGCUCACCGCAGCAGGUUUCAGGAUUUGUAGACACAAUGCCUCAGUCAUAUGAGUGCCCAGUGGCAGUUGCAGAUCUGGGUCUGGCUUCGUCUUGGUCACUCGGAGGUCCUAGUCAGAACACACAGCUGAUGUUUGGAAAUUCCAUGGAUGCCACAAAGUUGGAUGAGGCAAGGAUGCUGCUCAACAGGAUGGAUUACAGCAGAACCACCUGUCAGGAUGAAGACGGAGACACCAUCCUGCACAUCUACACUGCCAAGGGACUUCGGGAGUGUGCCUUUGCUGCUGCUGAGAGGCUGAGGGACGUGGGGAGGCUCGAUGCCAAAGAACACAAGGGGAAGACCGCUUUACUGGUAGCCGUGACAGCAAACCAUCCGGAUAUUGUGCAGGACCUUUUGUCAUUAGGGGCCGAGAUCAACGCCUGCGACGUUAAAGGACAAACUGCACUUCAUCUGGCGGCUCACUAUGGAUUCCCUGCUGUUCUGCAGGCAAUUCUGUCAAGCAGACCAUCUGUCAACCUGGAGGCCCGCAAUUUUGAAGGCAUGACUCCGCUGCACUGUGCAGCCAUAUCCCACAGUGUCACCAUGAAAGCUUUGUCUACCAUGGGGCCAGCAGAUGUAAAUCUAGAGACCAAAGCUGCUGAGAAGCUCUCGUGUGUACAGAUGCUACUCAGUGCCGGGGCGUCCCUUCUCAGUCAGGAAAUCAAAAGUAACAAGACUGUCCUGCACUUGGCUGUGAAGGAGGGGAAUAUCGAUCUGGUGCACUAUCUGCUGAGGAUUCCCCUGCUGAACAUGAAAGACUUUGUCAAUAUGAAAGCUCACGGCCACACAGCCUUGCACAUGGCGGCCGGUCUCCAUGGUAACCCCCACCAGGAGCAGAUCCUGCAGCUGCUGCUGAGCAGAGGGGCUGAUCCCAGCAUCCGCAACCUGGAGAACGACCAGCCUGCCCACCUGCUGCAGAGCGGCGCCCAGGGGGAGCAGGAAUGCCCCCCCCCCCCCCCUCCGCGCUGA